AUGGGAUCUCUUGCGCUCGGCGAGCGCAGCUGUGUGACCUUGCUGGGUGCAGGCACUCAAGGCAGAAGACUGGCUGGCUCAGCAGAGGCAAAGACGUUCAUUUGGUUGAUGGGCAGGAAAGCCAAUUGCAUGCCGCGUCAGAUUUUAUCCGUCAUCUCCAGCAGGAAUCUGGACAGAUGGCAGCAGGAAGCAUUGUCACUCAUGCUCCAAUGCGUCCCCGAAAGAAUCGAGUUGAAGCGCGAUAUCCUGCAGCAACUCGACGCGACAGCCCCAGAUGAUACUAUAAUUGCAUCAAACUCGAGUAGCUAUCCCAUCUCGGAGCUGAUCGAGGGGCUCAAGUUGAAAAACGACCAGCGAAUCCUGAGCGCUCAUAGUUAUUGGCCUCCAGAAACACCUGCGAUCGAGAUCAUGGGCCACGACAAUACUAACCCAGCAUGCGUCGACCUAAUGAUGGAUCGGUGUCUCCAGCACGGCUUCGAGCCGUUCCGAGUCAAGCAGGACUCCAUGGGAUAUAUCUACAACAGAAUCUGGGCAGCCAUAAAGCGAGAAGCUCUGCUGACAGCUUCUGAGGGCGUCGCGACACCCGAGGAGAUCGACAAGAUCUUCAAGAGCGUGCUAAAGACGCCAAAGGGUCCAUUCGAGCAGAUGGACGUCGUGGGAUUGGACGUUGUGCUUGACAUAGAGGAGCAUUAUGCUGCGAAAAGAGGGAACAUUCCGGAGCGGCCACGAGCGUAUCUCAAGAACCUUAUUGAUGAAGGCAGAUUGGGUGUGAAGAACGGCAAUGGCUUCUAUCAGUACAGCAAGAGCGCACAAGGCCAAUAG